CAAAAAUUUAGCCCGAGGCCGAAUUUGUGGCCUUGUUUUUUAAUCUCGUCUCAUGAUUCCUUCUUUAUAAAUACACAAAUUUCUACAAAUCCGAAAAGGUUCUCUGGUUUUCUCAUAGACUUCGAAGCUCCGAUCCCGCGUAGAACAAACCGCGGGAUCGGAAAUCUUUCAGAUUUUGAAAAAAUUCCUCGGGAAAAGCCGGAGUUUUAAAGUCGAAGACGCAGAUAAUCCGUCGAUUCCUCUCCAGACUCCCUGAGAUCUCUUUCCUGUCCGAUGGGGACUCCUCAAUUUCCCGAUCUCGGCAAGCAUUGCAGUGUAGGCGAUUGUAAUCAAAUCGAUUUCUUGCCUUUCACCUGCGACAGUUGCAAUCAGGUAUUCUGUUUAGAGCACAGAAGUUAUGUUAAGCACCAUUGUCCGAAGGCUAACAAAAAGGAUGUCACAGUUGUCAUUUGUCCACUUUGUGCUAAAGGAGUCCGCCUGAAUCCUGAUGAAGAUCCAAACAUCACUUGGGAAUCUCAUGUGAACAGUGAGUGUGACCCGUCAAACUAUGAGAAGGCAACAAAGAAAAAAAGAUGCCCUGUCCCUCGCUGCAGAGAAAUUCUAACUUUCUCAAAUAUGAUCAGAUGUAGGGACUGCACGGUAGAUCAUUGCUUGAAGCACAGGUUUGGACCUGACCACAUGUGUCCUGGGCCCAAGAAACCUGAUUCAGGGUUCCCAUUUAUAGGUCUCUUCAAUAGAAGUCAAUCAAGACCAAACAAUAGUCCAGCUGUAUCAUCGUCAAAGUGGGCUACAAGCUUUCUAAGUGCGGCUUCCUCUGUGAAAGCCUCAGCUGAAGCAGGCAUGGCAAAGUUGAGUAUUGCAACUAACCAAGCAUUGCAGAUGGCAAAAGAUGGGAUAGGGCCAAGCAGCAGUGGCAGUGGGCAUGUGGAAGAAUGCCCACAGUGUCCGGAAAAGUUCACGUCUGUUACAUCUCUUAUAGAGCAUGUGGAGAGAGUCCAUGAAAAUGGAAGCAAACGAGCUGCAGUUAAAAAGGUGACAAUUGAUGUUUGCCCCAAAUGUAGUAAAGGAUUUCGAGAUCCAGUAUCUCUUGUGGAGCAUGUUGAGAGGGAUCAUGGAGGAACUUCUAAAGCUUAAGGUCUGAGACAAAAGUAUUCGGCCUUAAAAUACUUUUUCUUCCCUGUUUCUUGUAGUGGGAUGAUCAUCUUCAGCUUGGCUGAUGCUUGUACUCCUCCCAACUUCAGUGUGAUCGGUGUUAUCAUGGGCGACUGGUGUGUCGGUCAUGAACUCCUUUUUGGUUAAUUUGCAAGAAUGCAAUAUUUACCUUGAAUCCCGAAACCGCACAGGUGGUGCUUCUUCACUCUCAUAAUUCCAGCCUUCUUUGUUUUAAAUGUGAUAAAAAAAAAAAGAAAAGCGAUGAUGGUUUGUUAUGUUCUAUCUAAUUGUUGUAGUUUCAUUCCAGCCUUCUGUGUUUUAAAUGUGAUAAAAAAAAAAAAAAGGAAAAAGCGAUGAUGGUUUGUUAUGUUUUAUCUAAUGUUUUAGUUUCA